AUGUGCACUAGCUCGGUCGCCAAGGUCUUCUGGGCUGUCAGCUUCGCUGCAGCCCAAGUCGCCAGCGCCAAUUGGUCCGUCACAGACUUUGACUGGAACUCGGUCACCCCGUCAAGCACCCUCAAAUUCACGCCAUGCUACAACGCCACGCACCAGUGCGCGAAGCUCCAGGUGCCCCUCGACUGGCUGGAUCCGGACAAUGACGCACUCGACGCCGUGACCAUUGCCGUCAUCAAACGGCCCGCCGUUGUCGACGAGAAUGACCCGACUUUCGGCGGCACCAUCAUCACCAACCCCGGUGGACCAGGCGGCCCAGGCGUCGCCUUCGCGCUGGGCUGGGGCAAGGGUUUGCAGGAGAAAGCCGACAGUGAGGCCAAGAAGUACGCCAUCUUGUCCUUUGACCCGCGUGGCGUUGGCCUCACAACCCCUGCUGCCGACUGCCAUCGCGACGAGUUCGCUCGUGGGGUCUGGAAGCUCGAGAACCGCGCCAUCGGUCCUGUCGACGGCGGUCAUGCUGCCGUGGCACAAAAGGCAGCAAGGGCAGUCGUCUUUGGGCAACUCUGCGACGACGCUGGUGGUGAACACGGCAUCCACAGGUUCAUGUCGACCACCAGUGUGGCGAGGGACAUGAUCAAAAUGGUUGACGACCUGGACGACAUUCGCAGAGCAGCGUCCAGCAAGGGAGACCGUCUCGAGCUCCGAGACUCUCAGGAGCCCUCUAGGCUGCUGUACUGGGGCUUCAGCUAUGGCAGCGCGCUUGGCCAGUAUUUUGCUUCCAUCUAUCCUGGACGUGUCGGCCGGAUGAUCUUGGAGGGAAUUGUCGACAUCCAUGACUAUCACCAUGCGAACGGCCUCACGAAUCUCUGGGACACCCAAGAGACGUUUGAAUAUCUGUGGAACUCCUGCUAUGAGGCACAGGACGACUGCGCCCUGUACCGGCACGGCGACAGAGGCCCCGGGAAUAUUGAGAAGCGGCUGCGCGGGUUCCUUGAACAGCUCGAACAAGAGCCUGCACCCUAUCUGCACAACAGGACCGUCGUCUCCAUCUCAAGUUAUGACGUUCGAGGCGUCAUUUUCCAGGGCUUGUAUGACCCGUUGACGCAGUUCCAGUCUCUUGCCGAAAUACUCAAAGACAGCAUGAACGGCAACUUCACUGGGCUUUACUCGAGACUGCAGCUUCCUGACCACACCACGUCAGGACUUCCCAGUUCUUAUACAUGGAUGCGCGACGCCAUGGUGGCCGUCACCUGCGGCGAUGCCGUGUCUCGAGCCAACGUGUCCAUCCCUGAAAUCGAGGAGACGAUCAAGCAGCUCAAGAAGGACUCGCCGGACUUCGGCCCAGAGUGGGCGCGGCAUCUGUACGAGUGCCGUGGCUGGACCGCGAGGCCCAAGUACCGCUUCGAAGGUCCCUGGGGCAUGGGGCCGGCCGACCCGGGCCUUGUCGAGGGUAAGCCCGCCGCGCCCGUCUUCUUCAUCACCAACAAGGCGGACACCGUCACGCCACGAGAGAAUGCCUAUGUCGCGGCCAAGUCUUAUGCCGGAUCUCGGGUCCUGCUCCAGCACAGCGUGGGUCACUGCGCCACGAGCUGGCCCAGCAAGUGCACCGCCGACCACAUCAAACGGUACUGGGAUGCGGGGGAACUGCCGCCCGAGGGGAGUUCCUGCGACGCCGAGUGCACACCAUUCAAAGACUGCCCAGAGAGUGUCUCGAUGGUGGCCCAGGCACACUUUAUGGGAAUGUAA